AUGUCUAAACGAAGGCAUGAAGAGCCUCUAUUUGACUCGACGGACACAACUAGCACGGUAAGAAGAUUAUAUUGCUUUACUUUGGCAACUUUAGGCUUUUUAACGAAAUAUUUGAAAGAACUUGGGUGUUACCUAUGAUAACAUAUAUAAUUAUUUUCACUUUACCUCCUAAAAGUUAAGUAACAUAUUUCAGAGUGUGUAUAACCCGCAGAGGAUACCAGAUUUUACAAAUGAUUUAUGGAAAAUGUCGCGAGAACGAUGGAAAGACCACAUAUUGAGGAUGAUAAAGGAAAACCAGGAUUACAUUGAUGAAGAAGUUAAUGGAUAUUAUAUCUUCUUGACUUCUAGCAAUGUUGAGUUUAUUUUUACGUUGUGUGUGAGGUUACAAUUGCCGAAUGACGUUCGAUAUUUGUCAAUUUUGCUGUUUGACAGGUAAUUUUUACUGUUUUUCUUGGUUUUUAGGUAUAAUUAUGCUUGGAGUUGAUUAGUUUUACGAAAUAGUCUAUUUGAAUGUUGUUUUUAUGGUUUCUAAAGAUAUUUAAAGGAAAUUUGUUAGUCUUAAGAUGUAUUUUAUAUUGAACUAACUUAAAAACAACAUUUUAUAUUGUUUUAGGCAAUACUUGAUAAAAUAUAAUUUUAAGUAAAAGAAUUGGUUUAAAAAUGUCGUAUUUUACAAUAUUUUGAAAGAAAUAACGUCAAAGGUACGAAAAAAUGUUAAAAUAUAGCUUUUCAUGUUUUAAAUACUUGUACUAAUGCUAACUUUUUUGUUUUAGGUAUAUGACAACUCAAAUUGCGUCGAUUCAUAACGAAGUAUACUCAUCCAAAGACGAUGAUGAAUUGAAAGCCGAAAGAUGGGGGAAUGUUUUGAAUCGGUUUUACUCGCAGUCGGUUUUACGGAUUGUUUCUUGUCUAUCUAUCGCUGUUAAGGCUUUGUACUAUAAGUUGGUGAGUUUUUAUGAAAAUCUUCACUGUUUUCAAAUUUCUAACUGGCCCUUUGAUAAAAUUCUGAAUUAUAUCCGUUUUUAAAGCUUUUUUGUUAUUAUUUUUUUAUUUUACUUAAACAAAUAUUCUUUAUAUUGAUGUAAUAUUGAGCUAUAAGUGGGGACCAACAUAAAGUUAAUAAUUUAGGUUGUUUUUAUUAAUUUUAAUUCUGGACCUUUUUCUAAGCAAAUUUUAAGGGUAAGGGGCACAAAAUUAUUUGAACACCCUAAUAAUAUAAGUUUUAAAAAUAAUAUUUUUGAUGUUUCAAUUUUUAGACAUUAACCACGAAAAAGCAGUAUCAGAUACUAAGAAGUAUGAACUUUAUGUACGAUGAUGAUGCUAUACAGAGGUCGGAAUCUCGAGUAUUUUCCGCUAUAAUGUUUGAAAUUAACAUUAAUCGGUCUCCAGUCUUCAUGAUUGAACACCAUAUCUGCUUUUUGAGUAAGUUGUGCAUUAUAUUGUUGAUAAAAGGCUAUGCUUUGUUAUUUUUUGACUAGCAUAUUGUUUCUUUUCAUUGAGCAGCAAGUAUAUUGAUCAGUUUUUUAAUACAUUGAGACAUACUUCUAUAUUCAAGUUUCAGUAGACCAACACAAAGAGCUGAUAGGACCAGUGGAUCCGGAGGCGAUAUGGGAAUACUCAAUAUUGUACUGCGACUUUGUCUAUCUAAACUUGAAUCCAUUUUACUGCAAAUUGUUUCGACAAAUGCAUGGCGAGCCUUCUGGAGUCAAUGAAAUUGCUCCGUGAGUUUAUGUUUUGUUUCACUAGGCUGUACUAUAACAUUUUUUUAUUGACAAUGAAAGUACACUACCUGCCCCACUUAGAAACAGCUCAAAAUUUUUGUAUGUGUUCUUUGUAUCACCAAUAGUACUCAUAAAAAGUUUUAGCUCACGCUUUUGAGUUUUAAAAUUUAAAUAUUUAAGUUUCCUUCUAACUUGGCAAGUUUGGCAUUGUGUUUCAAGCACUUUUUUCGACUUUCCACUUAAGCUACGCUCACAAAUUAAAAAGUGUAGGUUUAUUUUAAGAUUUUCUACAAGCAUAUUAAAGAAAAAUGAUUAAAAGUCAAAAAAUGACAAAGUUAUAAGCUUGAAACACAAAGUCAAUUUGGCGGAAAAUUCAAAACGUAAUUUUUUUGAUCUUGAUUUUUUCGAGAUUUCAUGCGAAGCGCGCUUUAGUACCUUCCUGAACGGCUUAUACAACAUGGUCUUUCUAUAUAUAAAGUUUGAAGUCAAUCAGAGCGGCGUAGGUUGCGCACCUUCCUUGUGAGCGGUACUGUAACAUUUUUUAUUAUAAAAUCUAAAAUAGCUAGCGAAAAAGAAUAACAUUAUUUUUGUAUUGUAAAAUACGAUGUUCUGUUGAACUUCUGAUAAUUUUUUAAAUUUUCAGUGAAAGAAUCUGGAAACUAGAAGCCGAUUACCUUACACUAACCAGCAGUGUUGUUCUGACCUCAAUUCACGUGUUACAUGGCGAUGAAAAGGUUCGAAUCGUGGCGAAUUUGUUUCGCAAACAUAUGAAGGUGGAUCAGCAAGAAAUGAUUGAAUUUGUCACGGUUUUACGAGACAUGAUAUUGGAAUACGAACCGGAACAACCUACUAUAAUAUUGCCGGAAGAGUUGUUGGGACUGAAGAAGGUGAACGGGUCGUAUUCACCGAGUAUAUUCUGA